AUGUAACUUAUAAAACUGAACAUGCGCCACACAUUUUUGUAAUACUAUUACACAUUGCAAGAUUGGGAUUUGCAAAUAAAGUUAUUGAAACUGUUGCCCAUGACAACCAGAUUUUUCCCAUUCUGUCGCUAGAGAACUUACAACUGGAAUUGAAUUGGUUGUUAUGGGCAACACCUUUAGUGUCCCUUACACUGUAUGAAGAGUUCCCAGUAGGCCUGAAAUCCUUGUUGCCAAGAGCAACCAAUCUAAAUCAUAUUAGGAAGAUAAAACGUGUCCUCUGAUUGGUCGCCAUGGGUAACAAGAGUUGGACAGUCCACACAAUGGUCACAGACACUGGAAUAUACAGAAACUUAUUGGAAAACUAUGUUUCCUGGGAUAAAGACUCCACCCGGAGCAACAACCGAGAUAAAUAGAGAGAGGGACUGGGAUCCAAGAAUCAGAGCAGAAGAUCCACCACAGCAGACAGCGCCCCCAGCAGGAGGAGCAGAAUGGACCGUACAAUAUACCUGAUACUUGUGACUUUCCUGGUGUCCUUCUGCUCUUCGGCCAUUCUACCAGAUGAGUAUUUGUCCCAAAUUAAUACUCAGGAAGGAUCUAGGGAUGAAGAGCUCCACCUGGAGGCCAGAGGGAGAUGUCCUGGAAGAAGGAAUCGGCGCCUGCCAACCUCUAUGAUAGUGGACACCAGUGUCAUUGACACCAGUUACCUGGAUAGUUUGGUGGAGAUGGAGGACGUUCAUACCCGCUCUCUAUCACCCUGGGACUACCGCCUCAACACAGAUCCCAACAGAUUCCCCUUUGUGAUCUCCGAGGCCGAUUGUGUCACUUUUGCUUGUGUAGACGCUGAUGGCAACGAGAAUCCAGACCUGAUCUCCUCCCCCGUCCAGCAGGAGAUGAUGGUCCUACGAUGGGAGCAGAAAAGCUGCAGCUUCUCCUAUAGACUGGAGACUGUGGUGAUCACAGUGGGCUGCACAUGUGUCAGGCCUAUGGUCAGCUAUUACUGA